ACGAGGGCUCCGCUCGCCUCCAAAACAACCACAGAACCACAGACGCGCGGCUCAGGAGGUUGACGUUUGAGGGCGACCCGGAGCGUAAAUGGUUAAUCGGCGCGGGCCAGCACCAGUCACAAGGACGGCGCUAAGCGAGACGUGUCAAGGGUCACGGAAACCGCCGAGGAACAAAAGUGCAUCGUGCUGCAGCCAGACGCGAGCAUGGCGUCAAACAGCCUCUUCAGCACCGUGACACCAUGCCAGCAGAACUUCUUCUGGGAUCCCAGCGCCAGCCGGAGGUUCAGCCCGCCGUCCAACAGCCUGCAGCCGGUCCCGGGAAAGAUGACCGACGUGAGCUCACCGGGAGCUGGGCAGACAGACACCGCUGCGACGGCGGUGGCGGUGCCGCGACUGCGCGCCCACGAGAACCGCAGCAUGGCCGAGAUCAUCGCGGACCACCCGGCCGAGCUGGUGCGUACCGACAGCCCCAACUUUCUGUGCUCGGUGCUGCCGUCACACUGGCGCUGCAACAAGACGCUGCCUGUCGCUUUUAAGGUGGUGGCCCUGGGAGACAUACCCGACGGCACGGUGGUCACGGUCAUGGCGGGAAACGACGAGAACUACUCGGCAGAGCUGCGCAACGCCUCGGGCGUGAUGAAGAACCAGGUGGCACGCUUCAACGACCUGCGCUUCGUAGGCCGCAGUGGCAGAGGCAAGAGCUUCACGUUGACAAUCACAGUAUUCACCAACCCGCCGCAAGUCGCCACUUACCACAGAGCCAUAAAGGUCACCGUGGACGGACCGCGGGAGCCCCGAAGACAUCGCCAGAAGCUGGAGGACCCGCCAAAGUCGGGCCUCUUCUCAGACCGCCUGAGUGAGCUGGAGAGGAUGAGGGUCAGGGUGACGGUCCCCGCCCAAGCCCCGCGGCCCGCGCUCAACACGGCGGCCAACACAUUCACCCAGCAGGGACAGACGCAGAUAACCGACCCGCGUCAGUCCCAGUCCUCUCCUUCUUGGUCUUAUGAACAGACGUACCCGUCCUACCUGAGUCCCAUGGCGUCCCCCUCAGUCCACUCCACCACCCCCCUCUCCUCCAGCAGAGGCACGGGUCUGCCCGCCAUCAGCGACGUGCCUAGACGCUUGCCAGGAUCCUCAGACCUGAGCCCCUUCCCGGGUCAGUUUGAGCGACAGUUCCCGGGCCUGUCGUCCCUCACAGAGAGCCGCUUCAGUAGCCCCCGCAUGCACUACCCGGCCACCUUCACCUACACGCCCCCAGUCACCUCGGCCAUGUCGCUGGGCGGCGCCCACUACCACACGUACCUGCCCCCGCCGUACCCGGGCUCCACCCAGAGCCAGAGCGGACCCUUCCAGACCAGCAGCACCCCCUACCUGUACUACGGCGCCUCAUCCGGUUCCUACCAGAUCUCCAUGGUGCCCAGUGGGGACCGUUCGCCGUCCCGAAUGGUGCCGCCAUGCACCAGCGCCUCCACAGGCACCUCGCUGGUCAACCCCAACCUGCCGGGCCAGACGGAGGGCGGGGUCGACGGGGACGGAAGUCACAGUAACUCCCCCACGAUCCUCAACACGGGGGGGCGCAUGGAUGAGGCGGUGUGGCGGCCCUACUGAAGCAGCACGUGACUGAAAGGGGAUUUUUUUUUUUUUUAUGUUUUAUUAACAAGCUCGUCAGUGACGAACUUGGGGAAAAAAAAUUCCGGACUUGUGCGAACUUGUCUUCCUGGAAUGUUGGGAUCCGAGCAGCAAACAGCAGCUAAUUCCCACGCAGACGCUGCAGCAAGGGAAGCCUUUUCUUUUGUAUCUUAUCUUUUUGCAUUGGGGCAUGUUUGUUUUUGUAGGGGACAGAUGCACUGAGAGGACAGUUAUUUAAAAGGUGUACGUUGCUUCCUGUUAACUUAUGAAGCCAUAACUUAUCUAUUCUAUUUUUUAAAACAUUGCUGCGUCUUUGCGACUAAGUUAAAAAGUGACAUAAUUUAAGACUUUUCUGCCACCCAAAGAUGAGCGCGUCGACCCGGAACCCAACCUCAGAUAUUUAUUCAGCAAUAAGUCCUCUCAGUUAAAAGGAUCCUCACAUGCACAUGCUGGACGAAACGUCCACGGGUGGGUCAGACAAGAAGUGAAGUUGCGAUAACUUUGGGCUCCCCUCCCCCCACCGCCCUUGGAACUUUUGGUUUCAGUUCCGUAAGAGACGACUUUGUGAAAGUUUGUCAGAGUGUUUGACGCUCGCCUUGUCUUCCUUUGUUAUUGUCCUUUUUGCUCUUCAUCGUUAAUAACUAUCUAAGCACUUAUUGGUCAUCUUCUUAUAAAAAUGUCAUGUGACCUCAUCCUCUUGCCUGAUUGGCUCGUAACUGGCAACACAACUUUUGAGUUCGUAUCGUCCUCUGUGACAUUUGAUAUUCCAAAUAUUCAUAUUCUAAAUGAAUUUAGUAGGAUUUUGUACAAAAAUGAAUGUACAAUUUGUUAAAAAAAAAAAAACGCACAUUUUUCAUUUUUUUCAGGUGACUUAGAGUUCUUUUUUUACUCUGUCAUCUUCUAUUACGUCGCUGCUAGCACAUUUGAUAUUCCAAAAAUUCUUAUUCGGAGUUCAGUAGGAUUUUGUAUCAAAAGUAAUGUGCAAUUUGUUAAAAAAAAAAAAAAAAAAAAAAAAGAUUGUGACUUCAAAUUCUGCAAAAAGGUGCAUGUUUCACUUUUUACGGUUUGUGUCAUAUCCUCGAUGACAUCACUUCUGGCACAUUCGCUAUUCCAAAGAAUUUAGAAUUUAGUAAGAUUUUCUACAAAAAUGGUGCAAUUUGUAAAAAAUAAAAAUAAAAACAAAAUUGCAGUGAUACAAAAGGGGGCAGCGAUUUGCUUCCAUUUUUUUCCAAAUCCGCAAUUCAGAAAUAAUUUUCUUUUUAAGGCCAGUUUUUUCAGGCGAUUUAAAAGUCCACCAAAAGGUACAUUUUUUACUGUUUGUGUCGUGUCAUAUCUUUUAUGUCGCAUCGAGCCCAUUCAGUAAUUCUAAUUUAGUCGAAUUUUCCACAAAAAUUGUGCAAUUUGUUUUAAAAAAUUUGGAUUUUUUUUCCAAUUUUCAAUUUGAUGGAUGCUUUAACCAUUUGUAUCAUCCUCUAUGACAUCGCUUUUCGCAUGUCUGAUAUUCCCACAUGACUUUAGUAGGAUUUUGUACACACACAAAAAAAGUCAGUAUAAUUUUUUGUGUAGGUCAGCAAAAUCAUGAACAAUUUCUUCAGUCCAAUGUGAUCUUACUGCCUGUUUCACUGUUUGAUAUUUCUAAGAAUUAUACUUUCACUCAUUUUAGUAAGAUUUUCUCCAAAAACAAGCCAUCUAAUUAGUACAAUUAGUGUGUUACUGAGGGGUCAACAAAUGAUGCUGGAUACUUUUACCAUUUAUAACAUCCAAUGCUUUUGGAACAUUCUUAAAAUCAUUUUUUAAAUAUUGUAAUUCGUAAAAACGCAUUUUUUCCAAGGUACACUCAAACCUUUCAACGUUUUCGUAUAAUUAAAUCAGUUUUCAUCCAGUAUUGCACAAAACUAGUCCAUUUGCCCAGUACUCGGAAAUGGAGUGCCCAACAAAAGCACCCUAUGCGUUGCUGACUCGCUGUCGGUGCAUUUUAUAUCGAGUACGGCUGCUAAAUAACCCGCCACGGGGCGCGUUGUGAGUGCCACCAGUUUGAUAAAGAAGGUGAGAAACACGAUUGAAUUCCAUCUCAUCAGGAUGUGCAGGAAUUCUGCAGACAAUAAGUUCCAUUCAUUCCUCGUUUCUAAUUAUCUCACAUUGUUUUCUGCAUGUAAAACUAUAGUUAUUCUCUAUAAAAUGUUUUUGUUCAUAUUUAUGGAUGUCUGGAACAGAUUAAUUAUAAUUACAUGAUUUCCUACGGGAAAAAUUGCCUUGGUUUUUGUACGUUUCAGUUUUUGGUGGAUCUUUCCAAAUUAACGAAAACCGAGGUUCCUCUGUACUUGAAAAGGUGGCCAACUCAGGGUUGCAUUUUUCCAAGCACAUUCCACCAUUUUAUGUAUGAUUUCCUACUAAAUUCAUAGGCAACAAACAAUUCAAAGAAGCUUUUCUUUUUGCACUAGCAGCGCUACAAUCUCAAAAAGCACCAGGAACAAAACAUUUUAUUGUAUUUAACUUUUUGAGUUUUCAAGUUGCUGCGAAAAGAAAUAAAAAACCCGAUGAAGCACUUAUGUACACACGCACAGCUAACUAGCGCCUAGCACUUGGCUAACAUGAGAUGGCAACGCCGGGCAGUAAGUUUUCAUCAAAUAUGAUCACGAGCUGUGAUUUAAUCAAGUUAUUUUCUUCCCAAGCUUUGCACGCAGGGGAAGUUCCUGCAUGGAAGCUGAGAUUCCGUCCACACACGACAUUCCCUCCACUGCAGCCUAAAAGUAUUUGUCUUGUAACUCAAGAAAGCAAAUAAAAAGCUUUCAGAUCGUUUGGAAUGAUUGUUUUUAAGGUCUUUUUGUUUUUUUUUCACCGAUAACUGCCAACAUCUGUCAGAAUCUUCAAAUGUUUUCCAAAAGCUUUUUUGUUGUUGCCGUCCUCUUGUGUCCUUUGUGUUGAGUAUCAAGACAUUUUACGACUUGGAAUCCUGUCAUCCAGCUCUUGGACAUUUAUUCUCAUGGAGUCCCCGCCCACCGGCCAAAUAAGGUCGUACGAUGUUUUUUUCUUUCCUCCUCUUAAAGGCACAGUGACAACAGUGAGUGAAAUUGGCUUUGUGAUGAUUGUACAGUUUGUUCCUUUUCCAGAAUAAACCAGGACUUUUAUUACGUCCUCAUGUCUGAUGUGUCCUCGGAACACCAAGGUGGUCCAAAGGUUGUCGUCGCCGCUUCUCACCGUGUUUUGCUCAGAGGAGGGACUAA